AUGAGUUUAGAUGAAAAAAAUGAGGAUAGUAGGCUCUCCAGUCCACCAAAUGACGACAGCAACAAUGGUGGUGGUGGAUCAUCAUCUGCUGAGAUAGAUUCAGCGACAAGACGAAUGCAAUAUAUGGCAGAAUUAAGAGAACAAGAUAGAUGGUUACCAAUUAAUAAUGUAUCCAGACUGAUGAAAAAUACAUUGCCAACUUCAGCAAAGGUCUCUAAAGAUGCGAAGGAAUGUAUGCAGGAGUGCGUUAGUGAAUUUAUUUCAUUUGUAACUAGUGAAGCUAGCGACAGGUGCGCUGGUGAUAAAAGAAAGACUAUAAAUGGUGAAGAUAUUCUCAUAUCCCUACAUGCCCUGGGGUUUGAAAACUAUGCAGAAGUGCUGAAGAUCUAUUUGGCAAAAUAUAGGCAACAACAGGCGUUGAAGAAUCAACUGAUGUACGAACAAGAGGAUGGUGAAGAAGAUGGCGAAAGACAACGAGAAAUGAGCCAGGAAGAUGAAAACAGUCCCGAAUAA